AAGAAAAUGGGGUUUGGUGUAAAUCUGGGGGUGUAAUGUUACCAUAUAUCACGCUACCUCGUAAAACCGACACGGGAGCCUGCCGGACAACAAAUCACGGGUCAAAAUUAUGAGUUCUUCGUAUUAUGUGAAUGCGCUUUUUAGCAAAUAUACGGCGGGGGCUUCUCUGUUCCAAAAUGCAGAGCCGACUUCUUGCUCCUUUGCCACCAACUCUCAGAGAAGCGGCUACGGACCCGGCGCGGGCGCCUUCGCCUCCUCAGUGCCCGGCGUGUACAAUGUGAACAGUGCCAUUUAUCCAGGCCCCUUCUCGUCCGGAUACGGCCUGGGCUCAGACGCCUACAACCUGCACUGCUCGUCCUUUGAUCAGAAUAUCCCCGUCCUCUGCAAUGACCUAACCAAAGGCAGCUGUGAGAAAGCCGAGGCGAGCGCCCUGCACAGCCAGGCAGAGACCAAUUUCCGGAUAUACCCUUGGAUGAGGUCUUCAGGUCCGGAUCGCAAAAGAGGCCGGCAGACCUAUACCCGUUACCAGACCCUGGAACUAGAGAAGGAGUUUCAUUUCAACCGCUAUCUGACACGGCGGCGGCGCAUCGAGAUCGCCCACGCCUUGUGUCUCACCGAAAGGCAGAUCAAAAUCUGGUUCCAGAACCGGAGGAUGAAGUGGAAGAAGGAGCACAAGGACGAGGGAGCUGCAGCUCCAGCCGCCACCGAGAACGCCUCGACCACCCCUUCGGCCGGGAAAGUGGAGGAAGAAGAAGAGGAGGAGGAGGAGGAAGAGGAGGAGGAAGAAUGAGGCUAGAGCUGAAGGAAGGAAGCCCUAGCCGCCCAGCCGAGCUGUGGAGUCUGAUGGAUGCACGUGACAGUCGGAAAAGCGUCUUUAAGAGACUUACCCGUUUUAUUUUAAAAAAAGAAAAAGAAAAAAAAAACAACCCUCCCCCACCCCAAAUCCAGCUCCUCUCCCCUGCCCUGCCACCCUCCUAGCUCAGCUCCCACGACUGGCCACGCAGAGGUGUCUAGUCUGUGUCUUCUUCUCCCCUUCCCCUCCCCCCUCUUUCUCCUCCCCGGGUCCCUUGGAGUCUCUUAGCUGAGCUCCUCUACCCUGAGCCGGCAUAGGCCAGGGCCCCCCUGCCCAGUCAGUGCCCUCGGCCCCGUGGCUGCUAUCCCUACCCCUGGCCGAGGGAGCCCGACGGGUACACAGCGCUGGCGCUCAGAGAUACUACCUAACAGAGCCCUUGGGCUCGGUCACCCCCUGAUGAAGAGGGCAAGGGCGUUCAGGCGCCCACCAAACUACCUAAUAUGCCAACCCCGAGCUCUGGGGCUUCCGUUUCACAAUUCAGAAUCGUCUCUUUCAUUUUCCUUCCUGAAAGGGCAAUAAGAGCAAAAGUGGGGAAGGGAGAGACAUUCUGACCCACACAAACACACAACACGCCAUUACACACAUACACAUACACCUAGACAACCACUACACUCCAGCAAUGAUCUGUACUACCUAUCUGAUUUCCAAACUACCUAUUUUUUUGCUUCACCUACCUAGCUCCUCCAUUGAGACUGUACUUUAGAAAUCCAAGAAGGCUUAGAUGCUAAAGAUGACUGAUUUAAAAAAAGAAAGAAAGAAAGAAAGAAAGAAAGAAAGAAAGAAAGAAAGAAAGAAAGAAAGAAAGAAAGAAAGAAAGAAAGAAAGAGAAAGAGAAAAGGGAAAAAAGAAAAGCAUAAUAUUUUCACAAAAGGCUUUUAGUCCACUUGACUGUGGAGGAGCGCUUCUUUUCGUAGCUUGGGCAGAGAACUGGGGACCAGGGCUCGCUGGCUUCUAUUUAAAUUGAAAAGAAUAAUAAUAUAUUUAUUCCAAAGCGACUCUAAGUGAAAUCAUAUGCUGCAAACUCGCUUUCCUCUCCUUGCCUGAACAUUCCGAGUUCAGAAGAAAUGCCUCCGCUUCUGGGGAGGGGGUGAGGAGGGCACCCUCUUUCCCUUGGCUGGCACCCCUUUAGGCUUCUGCUUGGCCAACCUUCCGAGGGCUGCAACAUCCUCUGAACCAAGUUUCUGGCGAAAGUGACCAUUCCCCCCGCCCCCACACUUAAAUACACCUUAUCCUUCCCCUGCUCACCUCUCCACACCGCCCCGAAUCCUGCCUCCUACCCAGUGUUUAAUAUUGCUACCCUGACUUUUCCUACACUAACAAAGCCUGUAUAUUUGAUCGAGUUUGGGGGGGUCAUUUAUAUUGUCUUGAAGCUUCUUUGUAAGACCUUGUCCUGACUCGGGAAGGCUGUCAUUCAUCGGGAUACCUUUGUAGUGUGGUGUUUUGUUGCUAACUCCUGUAGCGAGGCAGGCUGGCGGGGCGGCUAUAACGCCCUGUUGAAGCUGCCCGGUCUUGGUCCCUGCCCCACCCCUGCCCCUGUCUCUGGUGUUCUCUCGUGUUCCCGUCGACAUUGGCGCUGCCGUCUAUGUAGGUCUUGAGAGUCCCAACUGUGUGUGUGAACUCCAAGGAGGUGACUGUUCCGGUCUUGCCCCCUCCAAAUGUGGUUUAUGUUACAUAGAAAAAUAAAUGCAUAUAUGCUUGG